GGAGUCAUCAGUACUGGAUCUGGGAGGGGCUCCUGGUCAGGAAGGCAGGUUCAUGGAGUUACCUGAAGCAGGUGUGGAUGAUGGGUCUAAUCAGGUUGGGCAGACAGGGUCACUUGGGUCAGAUGUGAGGGAUACUCUUGGCCAGGAAAGUGGGUUUAGGGAGUCUUUUGAGAUAGAUGAGGAAGAUACUUUCGGGCUCAUGGAGUCACCAGUGCCAGGUCUGGGAGAGAACCCUGGUCAGGAAGGCACAUUCUUAGAGUCACCUAAGGAGGGUGUAGAUGAUGGAUCUAGUCAGGUAACUGAGCAGACAGGGUCACCUGGGCCAGACAUGGGAGGUGCUUCUGGUCAGGAAGCUGGGUUUAGGGAAUCUUAUGAGAUAGAUAUGAGAGAUGCAUUGGGUAAGGAAGUUGAGUUUCUAUAUUCACUUGGCCCAGAUGGGGAUGAUGCUACUGGUCAAGGAAAUCUGAUGUUAGAGACACAUGAACCAGAUGUGGGGGAUGCUUCAAGUUCUGGUGAGAUAGCUGGACUUAGAGAGUCAUAUGGACCAGAGAUGGGUGAUAUUCCUAGUCAGGAAGCUGAGACCAUGCACUCACCUGGCCCAGAGAGGUGUGAUGCUUUUGGGCAGGAGGCUAAGUUUAGGGAAUUGUAUGAGACAGAUGUGGGAGAUGCCAAGAUUAUGUAUUCACCAGUCCCAGAUAUGAGUGAUUCUCCUGGUCAGGAAGCUAUAGUCAUGGAGUCACCUGAUACAGAUGUGGGUGAUGGUCCUGGUCAGGAAGUUAUGAUUAGAGAGUCGUAUGAGGCAGAUGUGGGAAGUGCUUCUGCUCAAGAUGCUGAAAUUAUGCGCUCACCUGGGCCAGGUGUGAGUGAUUCUGCGGGUUUGGAAGCUGAAAUCCUGCAUUCACCUGGCCCAAAUGUGGGAGAUUUUAUUGGUGAGGAAGCUGAGGUCAUGGAACUGCACAGGCCAGAUGUGGGAAAUGCUCCUUGUCAGGAAGCCAGAUUCAUGCCAUCAUCUGAGACAGAUGUGAGUGAUGCUCCUGGUCAGGAAGCUGGAUUUAGGGAGUCUUGUGAGACAAAUGUAAGAGAUUCAUUGGAUAAGGAAGUUGAUGUUCUACACUCACUUGACCCAGAAGGAAAUGAUGCUGUUGGUCAAGGAAUUCUGAUGCUAGAGAUGCAUGAGCCAGAUGUGGGGGAUGCUUCCAGUCCUGGUCAGGUAGAUGAGUUUCUAGAGUCAUAUGGACCAGAAAUUGGUGAUAUCCCUUGUCAGGAAGCUGAGGCCAUGCAUUCACCUGGCUCAGAUAGGUGUGAUGCUAUUGGUCAGGAAGCUAAGUUUAGAGAAUCAUGGGAGACAGAUGUGGGAGAUUCUCAUGGCCAGGAAGCUAAGUUUAGGGAAUUGUGUGAAACAGAUGUGGGAGAUACUGAGACUGCUGAGAUGAUAUGUUCACCAGACCCAGAUAGGAGUGAUUUUCCUGAUCAGGAAGCUAGGGUUGUAAAGUUACAUGGGCUAUAUGUGAGUGACACCCCUGUUCAGGAAGCCAGAGUCUUGGAGUCACCUGAAACAUACGUGAAUGAUGAUCCUGGUCAGGAAGUUGUGAUUAGUGAAUCAUAUGAGGCAGAUGUGGGAAAUGCCUCUGAUCAAGAUACUGAGAUUAUGCACACACCUAGACCAGGUGUGAGUGAUUCUGCAGGUUUGGAAACUGAGAGCAUGCAUUCACCUGGCCCAAAUGUGGAAAAGUCUUCUGGUCAGGAAGUUUGGGUCACAGAAUUGCAUAGGCCAGAUGUGGGAAAUGCUCCUGAUCAGGAAGCUAGAUUCAUGCCAUCAUUUGAGGCAGAUGUGAGUGAUGCUGCUGGUCAAGAAGCUGAGAUUCUGCAUUCACCUGGUCCAGAUGUGGAAAAUUCUGGUCAGGAAGCUGGACUCAAGGAGUCAUCAGUGCUAGAUCUGGGAGAGACCCCUGGUCAGGAAGGCACAUUCUUAGAGUCACCUGAGGAAGGUGUGGAUAAUGGAUCUAAUCAGGUAACUGAGCAGACAGGGUCACCUGGGCCAGACAUGGGGGGUGCUUCUGGUCAGGAAGCUGGGUUUAGGGAAUCUUAUGAGAUAGAUAUGAGAGAUGCAUUGGGUAAGGAAGUUGAGUUUCUAUAUUCACUUGGCCCAGAUGGGGAUGAUGCUACUGGUCAAGGAAAUCUGAUGCUAGAGAUGCAUGAGCCAGAUGUGGGGGAUGCUUCCAGUCCUGGUCAGGUAGAUGAGUUUCUAGAGUCAUAUGGACCAGAAAUUGGUGAUAUCCCUUGUCAGGAAGCUGAGGCCAUGCAUUCACCUGGCUCAGAUAGGUGUGAUGCUAUUGGUCAGGAAGCUAAGUUUAGAGAAUCAUGGGAGACAGAUGUGGGAGAUGCUCCUGGUCAGGAAGCUAAGUUUAGGGAAUUGUGUGAAACAGAUGUGGGAGAUACUGAGACUGCUGAGAUGAUAUGUUCACCAGACCCAGAUAGGAGUGAUUUUCCUGAUCAGGAAGCUAGGGUUGUAAAGUUACAUGGGCUAUAUGUGAGUGACACCCCUGUUCAGGAAGCCAGAGUCUUGGAGUCACCUGAAACAUACGUGAAUGAUGAUCCUGGUCAGGAAGUUGUGAUUAGUGAAUCAUAUGAGGCAGAUGUGGGAAAUGCCUCUGAUCAAGAUACUGAGAUUAUGCACACACCUAGACCAGGUGUGAGUGAUUCUGCAGGUUUGGAAGCAGAGAUCAUGCAUUCACCUGGCCCAAAUGUGGGAGAGUCUUCUGAUCAGGAAGCUUGGGUCACAGAAUUGCAUAGGCCAGAUGUGGGAAAUGCUCCUGAUCAGGAAGUCACAUUCAUGCCAUCAUUUGAGGAAGAUGUGAGUGAUGCUGCUGGUCAGGGAGCUGAGAUUCUGCAUUCACCUGAUGCAGAUGUGAACGAUUCUCCUGGUCAGGAAGCUGGACUCAAGGAGUCAUCAGUGCUAGAUCUGGGAGGGGCUCCUGGUCAGGAAGGCAGGUUAAUGGAGUUACCUGAGACAGGUGUGGAUUAUGGGUCUAAUCAUCAGGUUGGGCAGACAAGGUCAUUUGAGUCAGAUGUGAGGGAUACUCUUGGCCAGGAAGGUGGGUUUAGGGAGUCUUUUGAGAUAGAUGAGGAAGAUACUUUUGGGCUCAUGGAGUCACCAGUGCCAGGUCUGGGAGAGACUCCUGGUCAGGAAGGCACAUUCUUAGAGUCACAUGAGGAAGGUGUGUCUAGUCAGGUAACUGAGCAGACAGGGUCACCUGGGCCAGACAUGAGGGAUGCUCCUGGUCAGGAAGCUGGGUUUAGGGAAUCUUAUGAGACAGAUAUGAAAGAUGCAUUGGGUAGGGAAGUUGAGUUUGGUCCAGAUGGGGAUGAUGCUACUGGUCAAGGAAUUCUGAUGCUAGAGACACAUGAGCCAGAUGUGGGGGAUGCUUCAAGUUCUGGCGAGGUAGCUGUACUUAUAGAGUCAUGUGGACCAGAAAUGGGUGAUAUUCCUAGUCAGGAAGCUGAGACCAUGCACUCACCUGGCCCAGAGAGGUGUGAUGCUUUUGGGCAGGAGGCUAAGUUUAGGGAAUUGUAUGAGACAGAUGUGGGAGAUGCCAAGAUUAUGUAUUCACCAGUCCCAGAUAUGAGUGAUUCUCCUGGUCAGGAAGCUAUAGUCAUGGAGUCACCUGAUACAGAUGUGGGUGAUGGUCCUGGUCAGGAAGAUAUGAUUAGAGAGUCAUAUGAGGCAGAUGUGGGAAGUGUGUCUGCUCAAGAUAUUGAAAUUAUGUGCUCACCUGGGCCAGAUGUAAGUGAUUCUGCUGGUUUGGAAGCUGAAAUCCUGCAUUCACCUGGUCCAAAUGUGGGAGAUUUUCCUGGUCAGGAAGCUGGGCCCCAGGAGUCAUCGGUGCUAGAUCUGGGAGGGGCUCCUGGUCAGGAAGCUGGGCUCCAGGAGUCAUUGAUGCUAGAUCUGGGAGGGGCUCCUGGUCAGGAAGCUGGGCUCCAGCAGUCAUCGGUGCUAGAUCUGGGAGGGGGUCCUGGUCAGGAAGGCAGAUUCUUGGAGUUACCUGAGGAAGGUGUGGGUGAUUGGUCUUGUCAACAGGCUGAGCAGAUAGGGUCACCUGGGCCAGAUGUGAGGGAUGCUCCUCAUCAGGAAACUGAGAUUUUGCAGUCCCCCAGCAGAGAUGUGGGUGAUGAUUUUCAUCAGGGAACUGACAGUCUCAUAGACUCCUCUAGGCCAGUAGUGGAUAUUCUUUCUGAUGAAGUCCAACUCCCAGAGUCACCUGGGCCAACUGUAGGGGAUGCUCCUGAGCAAAAACCUGGCAACAUAGAGUCCCCCAGGCCAGAUGUACUGCCUGUCAUUCCAGAACGUGGAGGACUGCGGAACCAGAACCCAGAAGAUGUGCGGAGAGCUGAGGACAGGGGACUCCAGAGGCAAGCUCAGGAAGGGUCCUUGUUCCCAAAGGAUUCUUCUGGGAAUACACUUGGCCCUCAGGAUUCAGGACAAGCUCUUUCCAUCCUGGUGGAGGCAGGAGCACAGUCUGGAUCCAAAGUCCUGGAAGAACAAAUAACACCCCUUUCCUCAGAACCAAGGGAAGAAAAUGGGUCAGGAGUCACUAAAGCAACCAAAACCCAGGCAGCUGGAGCCAGCCCAGGGGUAAAGUCUUCUGAGCCUGAUUACCUCUUCCAUGUUCUUUUCCUGGGAGAUUCCAAUGUGGGCAAAACAUCAUUUCUGCACUUGUUACACCAUGAUUCCUUUCCUGCAGGCCUGACAGCAACUGUAGGGAUGGAUUAUCGGAUCAAAAACCUGGUGGUGGAUGAUAAAUGGUUUGCGCUGCAGCUCUGGGACACAGCGGGGCAAGAGAGGUACCACAGCAUAACCAAGCAGUUUCUCCGGAAGGCCGAUGGUAUUGUGCUCAUGUAUGAUGUCACCUGCCCAGAAAGCUUCACCCAUGUGCGCUACUGGUUGGACUGCAUCCAGGAAGCAGGACCUGAUGAUGUUGUCAUCCUCCUCCUUGGGAACAAGAUAGACUGUGUGAAGGAGAGGCAGGUGUCCACAGAGGCUGGACAGUUCCUGGCCAAGGAAAUUGGGGUCAUCUUUGGAGAAUGCAGCGCUAUCUUGGGGCAUAACAUCUUAGAGCCCGUUGUGACCUUAACAAGGGCAAUGCGAGAACAGGGCGCCAAACUGAAACACAGUGUGGUGGAGCUGGAGAAGAAGGAGGUGAAGAAGAAAGCUGGCUGCUGCUCCUGAGUCGGUGGGCUUGGCAGGCUUGGAGGGGCCAGUGGUGCAGGAAGGUGGCAGGACUCAAUCCCUUCAGUUCCUCCUCCUUCCUAUCUGACUUUGACAAUCAACAACGGCAAGGAAAACCACGAAAAUUCAUGGAUCUUGAGAGUAUCCAUCAUGAAGCACUUUUUUUAAGUGCACAGAAAAAAGCAGAAUGAUGUUUGGAAGGAGACACAGAUGAGCAAGGCAAUGUGCAUACUUUUGUGUUAAAUUUAAUACAAAUUUUAAAAGAAUUGUAUGGAACAGACUCACAGUUUCAUAGAUAAUCCUCUUU